AUGAGGACAAAUUAUGGAAUUUUAGCCUUUGCCUUUCUUAUCGUUUGUGUUUAUUCUGAAAUAUACACGUCUAUACAAAGGUUAACAGCUUUAGCAGAAAUGGAAAGCAAAUUGUUCCAGAAUUUUGAGGCUUUUAUUGAAAGAGCUGAGGCCAGAGAAGCGACGAUUCCUGAAAAUGUCACCAGAUUUUACAAUGAAAGAAAAAAAGAUUUACGCCUUGACGAUUGUCUGAAUAUGGCUCACCCUAUCAGAGCCUUCUAUCUAGUGUACAGGGUCUAUAACGACUGGGGGGAUGUGAUGAACUCCCUCAUCAGCAACCAAACAAUCAGCACUCAGACAACCGUUGCAGAUUUCAGAAGUCUUUAUCAGUCCACUGUAUCAAAGUUAGGGUUUUGGCCCGUACAAGAUGACGUCAGUGGUUUAGCUGACAAUGUUUUACGUCUGUGGUAUACAUAUGACCUUGACAUGAAGGACAUUCUUAAUGGAGAGGUGGCAUCUGUUGGAACCAGACCAAUGAGGGCAGCUGAAAUCGAGGCUCUGUCAAACACCGCAGGACUAGUGCGGAUGUACUACCAUCAAAUGAUGUUGCUGCUGGAGCUUUAUAAUACAGCGGAAAAAGAAACAGCUAGAUCUCGACUGCGAUCAAAAAUAUCCAAAACUUAUUUUGAGAUCCUGACGAAAAAAAUAUCGAUGUUGAUAGUCCCAACGAUUGCAUAUACAGAUUUUCCAAGACACAGACACCACUUUCAAAUUUUGAGAAAAGCAGCAAAGACUAAUGUUACCAAAGAUGACGUAAAUGAUCUAUUGGUACCAACCACUGACUUCCAGAAACUGUGUCGUGGUUCUUUGAAAACUAAAAAAGAGGAGUCCAAGCUGCGAUGUUUUCUAAGAGAGACAGCCAUCCCAUUUUACUUUUCAAAAGAAGAAGUUGUGAAUGUAGAACCAAGGGUUUCUCUUUUCCAUGAUGUCAUUUCCGGCGACGAUAUUUUCUAUCUUAAAAGAGAGGCUACUAAGAAGCUGAGUCAAUCAUUAACAUCAGAUGGCGUCAAUCGGAUCCGAAUCAGUCAAACUGGCUGGGUUCGCGAUCCUGCUCACCCAAAAAUCUCCAGACGUCUCAGCAGACGGAUAUCGAAUACAGUGAAUCUUGAUGCUAUUUUUAGUAACAGAGCGUCGCCAGUUGAGGAAUGGCAGGUAUUAAGCUAUACAACAGGUGGUCAUUACGGAGAACACAAAGAUCCUUUAGCUACAGAAGAAUCAAUCUGGGAAAUGACGGAAGAAAAGCAGAAAGUGAAGACAUAUUUUAUGAGAUAUCAAGGACAAAGGAUUGCAACCUGGAUGUUUUAUCUGAAUGAUGUGCAGGCUGGAGGAGUGACAGUUUUCCCUAAAUUGAAAGCCAGAGUCCCAGUGGUUAAAGGAGCUGCAGCAUUUUGGUACAACCUAAAACCUAAUGGUGAAAUAGACCAAAGGAUGUCACAUGGGGGUUGUCCAGUUAUUCUUGGUUCAAAAUGGGUUUGUAAUAAAUGGAUUCACGAAAGUGGACAAGUGUUAAAGCGUCUUUGUGGAAAAACGUAUGAAUCAGAGGACUUUUAUCCCGAAAAAUAUGUGUAAUCCAACAUGAUAGAUUAUGUAGACUAUU